AUGACCAGGGGGGGGGGGGGGGGGGGGGGGGGGGGGGGGGGGGGGGGGGGGGUGGGGGGGGGGGUGGGGGGGGGGGGGGGGGGGGGGGGGGGGGGGGGGGGGUGGGGGGGGGGGGGGGGGGGGGGGGGGGGGGGGGGGGGUGGGGGUGGGGGGGGGGGGGGGGGGGGGGGGGGGGGGGGGGGGGGGGGGGGGGGGGGGGGGGGGGGGGGGGGGGGGGGGGGGGGGGGAUAG